CGGGGAGCGAUGGAGGGGGACGAGAUAUGUUGUCGUUGCGGCGGCGGAGGAGUGUAUUAGUACAUUGUACUGGCUGUCGCUGGCGGUCGUUGCAGUCGGAGUUGCCGGAUAUGGGCAAGUGGGCCGGGGACGGCCGGAUGGUAGAUAUAUGGGGGGACUGGUUGGGAGGGCAGCUGGAGUUCGCCCCUCUCGCCGUCGCAUGGUCAUCGUCUGAAGGCCCCGCCUCCCAUCUCCUCCGCCCCCUCCUGCUCCUUCUCUCCGCCUCGCCCUCGCCGUCACAAGGAUACCGCCUGGAAUCUCGCGACCCUUGCCGGCUUCUCCCCAUCCGCCCAUCCCCCUCGCAAAGCAGACCAAACAUCCCUUCACGCGACCCUCUUCCACUGCUAGUAACGCUUGAGUGUCACUCGCGACUAGUAUUUCCGCCCCCUCCCGCCAUCGACUGCCGAACCGACCCUCCCCCCUUGAGCUACUUUCGGAUCCCGCUGAUUUUAUCGCGCACCCGUCUGCUCUCUCCCGUCCCCGCUCCCCGCCCUCCCGACACGAUCACCCGCCGUAAAACGCCUCCCCACUCGACAUAGACCGCCCCUGCUGUAUCUCCUGCUUAUCGCCCACCACCCACGCCCGCAUCCACUGUACCUCUAUCGCAAUGGCUCUUCCUCUCACCAUCCCCGACUCGCCUUCCGCCGGCAACUCUCCUUCCUCCACCGACGGCUCCAACGGUCCUCAGACUCCCGUCUCCCCCUCCAACUCCGUUCAGACUCUCGCCCUUCCCCCGCCCGCCGAGGGCGCCGCCCCUGCUCCUACCGCCCCCUCCAACAACCCCGCUCAGCCCAAGCGCAAGCCCAGCAGGCGCGCCAACACCGCAGAGCGCAGGGCAACCCACAACGCCGUUGAACGCGCUCGCCGCGAGACCCUCAACGGUCGUUUCUUGGACCUCGCUGCGCUUCUCCCCAACCUCUCCCAGAUCCGCCGUCCUUCCAAGUCCUCGAUCGUCAACUCCUCCAUCGCCCACAUCCACGCGUCCCGCAGGCACCGCCUCCUUGCCGCACGUGAGCUCCGUCUCCUCAAGCUCGAGUCAGACGCCCUCCGUCGCGAACUCAACGAAUGGCGCGACCGCUCCGGCCUCCCCCGCGUCGACGAGCCCGUCCGUGGCGAGGCCUUCCAAAUGAUCCUCAGCGGCGAGGUCGAGGUCCUCAACGCAGGUCCGGUCGAGGAGGAGGGUGCCGAUGGCGACUACGGCGACAAUGACUACGGCGACGACGAUUAUACCGGACCCGCCCAGGGCGGUAUCCACGAUGACACCAUGGAGGACAUGCGCGCCCCUCUUGUGCAACACCUCCCUCUCGCCAAGGCCAGCGACGUCAACCCCUUCGCGCACAACGUCCCCCAGCGCGCAGGUCUCCAGCUCCAGACGAUCCUUCCCCGCCCCGCCGCUCACGGCCCGCACACCCCGAUGAUCGUCCAGAGCCCCAGCGCGGUCUCCUUCGAGAACCCGGCCAUGAUGUACGACUCGCACCCCCACGCCGCGAACCAGAUGCACGCUCAGUUCCCGGGUCAGUACAUCCAGCAGAUGAACGGCCACGCGCAGGCCGUUCACGAUGACAAGGCGGCGUGGGGUGCCGCGCAGAUGUUCGGAGCGCAGGUCCCCGGCGGUCCUGCCCUCUUCACGCCUCCCGCGUCGUCGCACGGCGCAGGGAACGUCUCUCCGAUGAACAUCAAUGCGCCAACGAGCCAGCAAGCGUACCUCCUCAACCUUCAGCGCCAGCAGCUCCUCCAGGCUCAGCGCUUGUCCGAGGACGGCUCUCCUACGUCGGGCCCGAUCAACGUUCGCCGCGAGCGCAGCGGAAGCAUCAACAGCAACGGCAGCGGUUACGCUAGUCCCGCCAGCAACGGCGGCAGCUACGAGAUCCCGAGCGUCAUGAACGGCGCCGCUGUCCCGCGGCGCAUGGCUGGCCCCGGUGGUGCCGGCUGGGACGACGGGAUGAACAUGGGCAUGGGUGGCAUGAACAUGGGUAUGAUGAAGAGCGCGCCCAUCAGCGUCGGAGGAGGUGGCAACGCUCAUGGCUACGCUGCCAUGAUGCUGUAGACUUUGCCACUCCUCGCUCUCCCUCUCGUUUCGCCUAUGGAUCCCUUUCAAGCUACUAAUGCCCCCAUCGCUUGUCUAUGUCCUUCGUCGCAUCUCGGCUCUAUCGCUACAGCUGCCUAUGUUCUCCUGCCCUUCGUUGUUGGCUCACUGUAUUUUUGGAACCGCCUAUCUAUGCCCGGCGUUUGGUCGCUGCUUGCUCGUCUCCUGUGCUAUACGCUGCGCUUCGUCGUACUCGAUACCCGCCCAUGUACCAUUCGCUCGACCCGGUCCUGUCCAGUCGUUGUUGUGUAUUCUUCACGCUCCCUUACCACCCCCCUAGCCUAGUGCCCAUUCAUGUGUCACCUGGAGUAGCACCCUCGCUUCGCUCUCAUUGGUACACAUGAGAUACACGCACAUGCUCGCUCUCCUGCGCCAUCCGUACCGUGACCUUACCCGUCCACUCGUUGCAUUCUAGACAGAACUUCUGACGCGCCGAGCGGGUGGCGGACUAGCUUGAAAUGUCCAUCACGGCACGCCCUCUCGUGAGUCAUCGUUCGCACCCCACGCUCCUUGUCUUUAUUAUCUAGUUUAUACCCCAUGGGCCGGAGUCCUUUGCAGGCCAAGGGCGCGUCGUGUACGUCGUUAUCGUAGUAAUAGGUAUCUACUCUGUCUGUGUCGGACACGGAAUACAGACUUUGUUGGUACUGCACCCACCAUCAUCUGCUCACCUCUCGCCCUUUCGCGGCUCCCUAGGCUCUCGAAAAGCCCUUGGUAGUACCUGCAUACUAGUUGCGCGUCCGCAAAUUUCUGUAGGUCGCCUCGUGUUCCCUCGCCUGCAGGACAUCUAAAAGGGUACCCGCCCCGUGUUCUAUUGGGUCGACGGUGAGAGAACGGGUGUUGACGGCGUGCAGAGCGAGGCUAAUCCGAGUGGGUGCCUGCAUUCGGAGCACACGCCGUCUCGACGCUCACGAAGUCAUGUAG